AGUGAAAAUAAAACCACAUUUGACCCACAAACAAUUUUCCAGUUUUAGGCAAAAGAUCAGAAUGGAUCGUGUUAUCUGACUAAGAUGGAUUUAACAAAUACUCUAGUUGGGACCUAACACAUUAACGAAUUAUAGAAAAAUAAAUAAACAAGUGGGCUUUAACAAAUAUGCUUCAACAAAAUUUGUAACCUUAUUUGGACCCAGUCUCUCUUCUCUUUAACAUUGACUAUUCACAAUUCUUCAAGCUGCGGGCCGUCUUCGUUUUGAUUCAACGCUUCAAGACACCAUGUCGUUUCUACCCGUAAGAGCAAAGUCGUCGAUCUACGCUUAAACGACCGUAGGUCUGUAACUUGUUGACCGUUAUAUCUUACGUUUAGAUUAUCAUUUAUGAUCAGCGGCUCAUAACUGGCCGCGUCAGCCACGCAUUUCAAAACAAAAUAUCUCACUUAGGUAAAUGAAAUCUAAAAACAAAUCGAAAACCGGAGCCGGCGUUAACCACAGGGCCCCUCACGGUCAAAUAUGGGGCCCACCCCUGCCCGAUUCUUCUAAAAAGGCACUGCCUUUCUAUUCUCCUCUCUCGUCUAUCCUCAUUUUCACCCAAAACAAGCAAAGAGAGAGCACUGCACACUCUCUCUGCAGAGUCUCCGAGAUUACUCCCUCAAAUGGACGGCUUCGAUCGACUCCCGGACUCACUGAUCCUCCAGAUCUUCGACUCGGUCUCCGACGUCAAGACCCUCAUCCGCUGCCGCGCCGUGUCGAAGCGGUUCAACUCGCUCGUUCCCCAAACUGACUCGCUCCUCUUAACCGUCGACCGAGUCAUCUCCUCCGAUUCGGACUCGGACUCGGCGAACGACGACGUUUCGCACCUCCUGGUUACCUUCCUGAAGUCCAUCCUGAAAUCGAUCCACGACCUCGUCUCGCCGAGGCCCGACCCGACCCGGGCCCGCUCCCAGAACUCACCCGCCCAGAUCCUCCGGUCCUUCCACAACGUCCGAAACCUCUCGAUCGAGCUUCCCUCCGGGGAUCUCAGGCUCGAGAAGGGCACGGUGCUGAAAUGGCGAGCGGAUUUCGGGAAGACCUUGAGAAGCUGUGUGAUCCUCGGGUUCCGAUCGGUCGUCGCUGGCGGGGAAACGCCGGUGGCCGGAGAUGACGCGGACUUCGCCGGAGGGCUGAAGGUGCGGGUGGUGUGGACGAUCAGCGCCCUGAUCGCGGCAUCGGCGAGGCACUACUUGCUGAAGGAGGUGGUGAGGGAGCAGAGAGGGCUGGAAACUCUGGUUCUGAGAGACAGAGAAGGAGAAGGCGUGGUGGUGAUGGAGAAGGAAGGGUUGACAGAGUGCGGGGGGGAGGACACGUGUGAUGCGGAGGAGGAGGAGGUGGAGGAGGAGGGAUGGGAUAGGGGAAGGAGCAGGGUGCCUAGCGUGAGGAUGCGGAUGAGGCACGUGCCGAGAAUGGAGCUGAAGGGUGGGGUAUGGGUGGAGGGCGCGACACUUGUUGUGGUGAGGCCGAGUUUGAGUGGUGACGUGGAGGAUGGUGAUUUGGCGAUGGGGGCAUUUGGCCGGGAUGUGCUUUACGGGGAAGUGGUAGAGGCUUUGCUCAAGGCCAAGAGUUAUUUACUGGAAAUGAACUCAUUCUAAUUAUUCAUGGCAAAUGUUAAAAUGUUUUUUUUUCUGGUUUUGUUUUCGAUGCUCUGUACAUUCAUCCUGAUCUUUUGUUUUUUUGGCCCCAAAUAUUUGUAGAAGUAGUGUACUACUACCAGUUGGUACUUUGGUGCUGCUACUGAGCAAUUGUAUGAACAAUCGAAUAAAGCUUCUGUCCGUUGCUAAUA